AUGUCGUCUCUGAGGAAUGCCGUCAGCCGCAGAGCUCACAAAGAACGAGCUCAGCCGUAAGUCUCCCUUCUUCUUCCUCCCUCCCCCUGCUUCUCUCCCUCCUGGGAAGGACAGAAGGAGGGCAGAUUAGGGCUUUUUAUAUGCAUGCUCUGAUUUGCGGCUUUCGACUCACAGUCAUGACCGGAGGAAGUUUGGACUCCUUGAGAAGCACAAAGAUUAUGUCGUCAGAGCAAAGGCUUUCCACCAGAAGGAGGAGACAUUGCGGGUAGGUCUCAUGUCUUCCCCUCUGAGUUCUUCCCCCUUAUUGGUCUAUACUGUUGUUAUGUUCCUUUGGAGUUUUUUUUUUCUCUUAAUAUGGCACGGCCUGUUUGCUGCUACUUUGAGGAUGAUUUUUUUUUUUUGGGUUAUUUUACAGAAACUCAGAGAGAAAGCAGCGUUCAGAAAUCCAGAUGAAUUUUACUUCAAGAUGGUCAAAACGAAGACUGUAGAUGGAGUCCACAGACCCGAGUAGAAAUUCAGCUUCUGCUAUAUCCGUUUCAGUGAUUUCAAACAUCUAUCCUUUAUAUUUUUUUCACGGGAGAUAUAAUAUUUAUUGCAGGAGCAUUGCCAAUAAGUACAGUCAAGAGGAACUGAUGCUGAUGAAGACUCAGGACGCGGGAUACAUUCUCCAGAAGAUUCAGAGUGACAGGAAGGUAAGUGGUUUGCGCUGCUUAGCCAUUUUUCUCUAUCUGGCGGUCUGUUUUUCUUUCUUCGGACUUUUGCUAAAAACUAUUUGGCGGGGCGCAGAAAAUAGAGAAGCUGAGUUCAAUGCUACAUUCUCUUGAUAGCGAGCCACAAAACAAGCACAUCUAUUUUGCUGAAGAUCGGUUUGUCCUAACCGCCUGUAGAUUGUUUAUCUAAAAUUGGGGUACUUAUUUGUGUAGGAUUCUAAUUCAAAAUGUUUUGCUUACCAUAUCUCACGAUUUCAGCUUUGGUAGGCUUUUCAGAUAGUAACCAGGAUAUAUGAUUUAUUGCAGGGAAGAAGCCAGAGAGAUGCAGUUAAAGCCAUCGUCGUCAAGCAGGAAGCCUGGUUUUGGUGAAGUUCCUGAUAACAUAAAAAGGUGAGAGUUACUUAGAUUAUCAUGUAAUUUUUUUUUUCUGAUUUUCCAAUAUAUUUAUCUGAUAUGAUUUUCAUUUACAUUUAAUUGACUGAUGAUUUUGGAAUUUUUAAUUAAGUUAUUUUAAUGGAAAAUUUCUAGUGCUCUAUACAUCCAUUAUAUCACCCCAUCUCCUAUUCAGGGAAGAAUAGCUUUAUAAUUUCUUGAGAAUUUGGCUGAUACCGCUUAUUGGCCAUAGAGUUUGACUUUCUUCUAAGUGGAGUCUGCUCUUAAAAUUUAGGAGAAAACUUAAUAUGGUGAAAGUGCAGUUUUCCAUCGGGCAUGUUGUAAGAUCCUGCUCAGUGCAUGUUCUUCAACCUAUUUUGUCUACCUUCUCCUAUAGUUUGAGGAUCAUUAAGUUCCAUGCUGUAUAUGAUUCCACUCCUACACGAUCAUCAAAGGAUUAUGAAUCCAGUCACCAUCUCCAAGCACAGUAAUGUAAAGGGAUGGAGAAUGCACCAUAUCCUGUGAUAUGCAUCCAGAACUCCCCAUUGGGAAAUCCUUCGGGAAAUCCUUCCUGGUGAUGGAACCAUCUCGGAUAAAUUGUAGACAAUGUUCAGGUUAGCAACUAUUUGGUAUUUACCCGAGCGAGGGGGAUGGCUCCUAGCAUAAAUAUGAAUAUCAAGAAGUAGAAUUCAUGUAAAAGCGGAUGAGAUAUGCAGAGUUGGUACACCUUGAAGUCUCCUCGAGAAAUGAGGAAACUGUCAGUUUGCAAAAUCGAGUCGUUCAUACUCAUUUAUGUAAAGGAUGACAGCGAUGAAACCUUCAGAAGCAUUCAAAUGAUGGCAGGUUCUUUGUCCAGCACGGACACAUCGAUUUACGGCAACACCUUAUAAUUUAGAAAUUUGUGGAAAACAUUUCAUGCUUCGUGUCCUCGUUAUGAACUGAAGAUAACAUUUGAAAUAUCUCUUUAUAGAAUGGAGGGAUAAUUGCUGUAAGAAAUCUUUCCCAUUUGAGCCUAAAAGGCAAACAUCCUGCCCGUGGCCCAACCAAAUAUACAUCCUGAAGAAACUUCUCGGAAACAUAUAAAAUUUUGGCACAGGGCCCCAUCUCAAAGGAGUAUUGUUCAAGGAAAAUGUCUAAUAGGUGAGCUUAGUUAUUGGGUAGAAGUCCAAGGACUGAUGCAGUAUCCUUGCAGUGAGAAGUAAAAUAGGUUGUCUUGCUCAAAAAAUGAGAUUUUUAGGAAAGUGCAUCGAUAUAUCAAUUUUUUAUAAAAUUCCCACCUUAUUAGGUCUUCAUGAUUUCUUUGGUAGAGACUCACUGGUGAAAUGCAAUGAAAGUUGAGAAUUAUGCACUUCGAUUAUAUUGAUAACUCGUGGGUGGUUGUUAUGCAGAACACCUUCUGCGAGGGAUGGUGGACGAGAAUAGUACAUAUACCUGAUUAAGUUGCAAUUAGAAAACCGAUUCGUCAACUGAUGAAUAGAAAUAUUAUAUUUGGCUAAUGGGUUUAGUCUUUUUUCUAAGAAAUAAAGAGAAAUCAUGUUCUAAUGGUUCAGAAUGCUAGCAGUCACAUUGGGUUGAUGGUUUUUUGUGACAAAUGUAUCAAGGCAGUCUAUCAUCUUCAAUCGCUUUUUUCUCUUCGCUUUUUUCUCUUCGCCUUUUUCUCGUUUCCAAUUCUCUCCUCUGGAUAAACCUGUGUCCUUUAGAAAUUACUGAUCCCGAUGAGUAUGACUAGACACGCCUUGCAUUUCAUGUAUGACUCUCCAUGUCUUUUCUUCGGGUUCCCAGUCAGGCAAGCUCCCGAUCAUUAUUCAGGAACAGUAUCUAACAUUUUAUCGUUUGUUGCAGAAAAAUGGAGGGUUCUUACCGUGAGUUAGAAGAGAGGAAGAGACGUGUUAAUGAGCUCGAGAAAGUCUACAUGGACAUGGUACUGAAAAAAGAGCUGCAGGUGCGGGCACAUUAGAUGUUGACCUUCCAUUUAAGAAAAUAACUGCUUUUCUACUAUAUGGAUAUCUUCUUCGAUUUCAAUUCUCUCAGUCAUAAUUCUGCAGAUAAGUGUAUUCAAAUAAUUUUUGGCUUUUAUUAUCGAAAGGUUGUGGGUAAGCCAAUCUUUUAUUUGUAACAUUAUUUUCGUUGUUUGUCAACACAGAAGAAAGGGCGCAAACGCAAGCUCCGAGAAGAUGAAAUAGUCUGCCCAACAACCAAGCCAAUCUACAAGUGGCGGACUGAGCGGAAACGAUGA